AUCCAGUCGCUUGGGCCUCCGGUUCACUGAGACAGAUCCAGACGAGAGGAAGAGGCAUUGUCCGUGUGCCUCGGAGCUCUGCUGUAGAGAUUCUUGAGGAGACGAAGAAGAGAUGGCAGCCAGAGACAAAAGUGCUGACAAGCGGAAAACUAAGAUGAAUCGUACACUGUCCCAAUUAAUGGAUUCUGACAUGGAUUAUGAAAGGCCAAACGUAGAAACCAUCAAGUGUGUCGUGGUUGGGGACAACGCAGUGGGCAAGACACGGCUCAUUUGUGCCCGUGCAUGUAAUGCCACAUUGACACAGUAUCAGCUCCUCGCUACCCACGUGCCCACCGUCUGGGCCAUUGAUCAGUACCGGGUUUGCCAGGAGGUACUGGAACGUUCCCGAGAUGUUGUAGACGAUGUUAGCGUUUCCUUAAGGCUUUGGGAUACCUUUGGGGACCAUCACAAAGACAGGCGCUUUGCUUACGGAAGAUCUGACGUCGUAGUAUUAUGUUUCUCCAUUGCUAAUCCAAACUCCCUCCACCAUGUGAAGACCAUGUGGUACCCUGAGAUUAAGCAUUUCUGUCCCAGGGCACCUGUCAUCUUGGUAGGCUGCCAGCUCGACCUUCGCUAUGCUGACCUAGAAGCAGUCAACCGAGCCAGGAGACCUUUAGCCAGGCCAAUCAAACCAAAUGAAAUUCUGGCUCCGGAGAAGGGACGAGAGGUAGCCAAAGAGCUGGGCAUCCCUUACUACGAGACCAGUGUAGUUGCCCAAUUUGGCAUCAAGGACGUCUUCGACAACGCCAUCCGAGCGGCCCUCAUCUCCCGGCGGCAUCUCCAGUUGAAAUCCCACCUCCGUAACGUCCAAAGGCCGUUGCUCCAGGCCCCUUUCUUGCCCCCCAAGCCUCCUCCCCCCAUCAUCGUUGUCCCCGACCCUCCUUAUGAAGAGCGCCCGGCUCAUCUGCUGGAGGAUCCUUUGUGUGCAGAUUGUUAUCCUGGUGCUGCAAGAGAGAAUCAAAUCUACGCGCACAAGAUCUACCUCUCCACCGCCUCCUCCAAGUUCUAUGACUUGUUCCUGAUGGACCUGGACGAGGAGGGCCAAGAGGAGAUGACGGGAAGCAGCAUCAGGAUGGGCGCUGCGGAGCGAACGGUUCCUCAGGAACGGCAUCAUCACCGGCGGGACUUCCUCUUGAGGGCUGCUAGUUUUGACAUCUGUGAGAGUACUGAAGAAGCUGGCUCCGGCCAGCAAAAACCGUGCCUUAGAGCCUCCACCAGCGAUGGGAUUUUGCGGGGCAAGAACUACGGGGAACGAGGGCUAAAGCGGGGGAGAAUCCUCUCCUCUUGGAGCCGUGCCUUUGUCAGCAUCCAGGAGGAGAUGGCCGAUGACCCCGUGACCUACAAACCCCGGCUGAUGGUGGUCGUGAAGAUGGAUCCCUCCAUCCAGCUGGGACCGUUCAGGGCCGUGCUCAAAUAUCACACCGGGGAGCUGGAUGAGAACGAGAGAGAUCUCAUGCAUAUCGCCCACAUUGCUGAACUGCUCGAAGUCUUCGACCUCAGGAUGAUGGUGGCCAACAUCCUCAACAACGAGGCGUUCAUGAACCAGGAGAUCACCAAAGCCUUCCACGUCAGGAGAACCAACCGGGUGAAAGAAUGUCUGGCCAAGGGGACUUUCUCUGAUGUCACUUUUAUACUGGAUGAUGGUGCUAUCAGUGCCCACAAGCCCUUGCUGAUCUCCAGUUGUGACUGGAUGGCUGCCAUGUUUGGGGGUCCUUUCGUUGAGAGCUCAACUCAGGAGGUAGUUCUACCGUACACCAGUAAGAGUUGCAUGCGAGCAGUGCUUGAGUACCUGUAUACUGGCCAGUUCUAUUCUUCUUCAGACCUUGAUUACAUGAAGCUCAUCAUCUUGGCCAACCGCUUGUGUCUCCCACACCUGGUUGCACUCACAGAACAGUUCACUGUGUCUGGUUUGAUGGAAGCAACGCAGAUGUUAGUGGAUAUAGAUGGCGAUGUCCUUUUGUUCCUGGAGCUGGCUCAGUUCCAUGGUGCCUACCAGCUUGCCGAUUGGUGCCUCCACCAUAUCUGCACCAACUACAACAAUAUCUGUCGCAAGUUCCCUCGGGAGAUGAAAGCAAUGUCAGCAGAAAAUCAGGAUUACUUUGAGAAGCAUCGGUGGCCCCCCGUUUGGUACCUGAAGGAAGAAGAUCACUUCCAGAGAGCCAGGAAAGAGCGCGAGAAGGAAGACUACCUCCAUCAGAAACGGCAGCCGAAGAGACGGUGGCUCUUCUGGAAUGCUUCUUCCCCGUCCUCGUCGGCAGCCACAGCUUCCUCUUCCUCUUCCUCCUCCUCCUCUUCCUCUGCUGUGGUUUGAGGGUUGCACUGCCUAUGCUUCGAUGGCUCUUAGAAGAUGGAGGAAGGAGCCUACUGGUGCCUGGCAUUCCAAAGGCGCGUGGCGAGAGAUGCCACAGGCUGCGGCCCUCAGCGGGGAAAAUCCGCAUGAAUAUCCCCGAGAGGCCAAUGAGGGAAAAACCCGAAGGAGAGCAACUCAGGAGCCAGAAUGUCCAACAUCUCAUCCAGAGCUCUGGGUGGUCUCCAUCCCUGCCUCGGCUAGUCUAGAAGCACAGCAGAUGGAGGCUCCCACCGGUGGAACGGAACGCGGUCCUGUUUUCUUUCCGAGAGGCUCAACUCAUCCAGCGGGACUGACUCCCUUUUGCAAAAAAAAAAAAAAAAAAUGAGGGGGGGAGGAA